AUGAUGGAGACACGGCUCUCUUUCAGCUCUCAGCCUGAAUAUGCUCAGUGCACUGGGUUUAAUUUCAGGACAUUUCGGUGGAUGCAGACAAUGAUCUUUGCCAUAGAAAAGAUCAACAGGGACAGUCGUCUUUUGCCAAACAUUACACUUGGCUAUAAGAUAUAUGACUCAUGCAGUUCCCCUCUCCAUGCACUUCACACAGCUAUGGAGCUAAUGGGGGGAAGAGAGGAGGAGAGUGGUAAUACAAACUGUCAUGACAGGGUGCCUAUUGUGAUUGGUGAUGGUGGAUCCACACUUUCUUUGGUGGUUGCACACUUUCUAGGUGUUUUCCAACUCCCACAGGUCAGCUACUUCUCUAGUUGUGCAUGUCUAAGUGAUAAAAAGCUAUUCCCAGCAUUUAUAAGGACCAUGCCAAGUGACUUCUUCCAGGUGAAUGCCUUGGCUCAGCUGGUACAGCACUUCGGCUGGGCAUGGGUGGGAACAGUAGCCGGGGAUGAUGCGUACGGCCGUGGAGGCGCCCAAAUCUUCAUUGACAAGGUGUCUAAACUGGGUGCUUGCAUCGCUCUUUAUGAGAUCAUUCCCAAAAACCAUGCCCCAGCCCAGAUGUCCAGGAUCGUGCAGCGCAUAAGUGUCUCACAGGCAAGAGUGGUGUUGGUGUUUGCUUUAGAGCAAGAUGCAAAAGCUCUCUUCAUUGAGAUUCUUAAACACAACCUGACUGGGAUCCAGUGGUUGGGCUCCAUGGGUUUUGCCAUUCGCAGGGCUGAAAUCCCUGGUUUGCAAUCUUUCCUUUUGCGUCUGCACCCCUCCAUUUUUCCUGAUGAUCCUUUUGUUUCGCAGUUCUGGGAGGAGAUGUUUGGGUGCUCCCCACGCACUGCAUUCAGUGGAACGUUCUCAAAUAAACCCCCAUGUAAUGGCUCAGAGAUUCUGGCGAAUGUAAAAAGCAUUUACUCAGAUGUAUCUCAGCUGAGGAUCUCCUAUAAUGUUUAUAAGGGUGUGUAUGCCAUUGCGUAUGCUCUGGAAGCGAUGAAGAAAUGUAUGCCAGGGAGAGGACCCUUCCCUGGGGGUGCUUGCCCUGACACUCAGACCAUAAAGCCAUGGCAGCUACUGCACUAUCUGAAAAAAGUGGACUUCACUAAUGAGCUUGGUGAAGAAACUAAGUUUGAUGCGAAUGGUGAUCCUGUGGCUUUAUAUGACCUGAUUAACUUUCAGCUCUCAGAGACCGGUGAGGUCGAGUAUGCCACGGUGGGAACAUUUGAUGAAACCAAGAGCGUCAAAUUGCUGAUAGAGGAAAAUCUAAUAAUCUGGAAUGGUAACCAGCGACAAGUCCCUGUGUCGGUCUGCAGCAGCAGUUGUCCCGCAGGUACCAGGAAGGCCAUUAGGCCAAGUUUCCCUGUCUGCUGCUUUGACUGCAUUCUCUGUGCAGCUGGAGAGGUUAGCAAUCAGACAGAUGCCAUAGAAUGUGUGACAUGUGGACCCGAGUACUGGUCCAACCUGAAGAGAGAUGCCUGUAUACCGAAGCUGGUGGAGUUCCUGUCCUAUGGAGACACAAUGGGCAUGGCGUUACUGGCGGUGGCCUUGCUGGGAUCCUGCACCACACUUGCUGUUGGCCUCAUUUUCGCCUUCAAACGCCACACGCCUCUUGUCAGGGCGAACAACUCAGAGCUCAGCUUCCUCAUCCUCAGCUCUCUUUGGUUGUGCUUCCUUUGUGCCCUCGCCUUCAUUGGACAGCCUACUUACUGGUCAUGCCAGUUACGCCACACAGCAUUUGGCAUCGCCUUCUGUUUGUGUCUGUCUUGUAUUUUGGGAAAGACGAUGGUGGUCCUGAUGGCUUUUAAAGCCACUCUGCCAGGUAGCAAUGCCAUAAAAUGGUUCAAACCACCACAACUGCGAGCUCUGAUUUUCCUGUGUACAGCAGUGCAGGUUGGGAUUUGCGGCGCAUGGCUGGGUCUGGCACCUCCUGUCCCACGAAGGCUAAUGACCCGGGAGUCAGCACACAUCAUCCUGCUGUGUGACAUGGGCUCAACACUUGCCUUCUCGCUAGUUCUGGGCUACAUUGGACUGCUGGCUGCAAUCUGCUUCUUGCUAGCAUUCUUUGCACGUAAGCUUCCAGACAAUUUCAACGAGGCCAAAUUCAUCACUUUCAGCAUGUUGAUUUUUUGUGCUGUUUGGAUCGCCUUUGUUCCAGCGUACGUCAGCUCCCCGGGAAAGUACACGGUAGCUGUAGAGGUUUUUGCCAUCUUGGCUUCAAGUUAUGGCCUUUUGCUCUGUAUCUUUGCCCCAAAGUGUUAUAUAAUUCUGGUCAGACCAGAGAAAAACACAAAGAAGCAUCUCAUGGGCAAAAAGAUAUAG